AUUGAACUAUCCAUUUCUCCAUUUCGACGCCCAUCUCUUCUCUGAAUUUCUCGGAAACAACCCACCAAUUUUCUAUUUUGGUAUUUAGUUUCCACUCCCCACUCAACUUUCCCCUUUUUCCCUCAUCCAACUUCCUGCUUUCUUGCCCCAACUCUACUCCAUCUCUCGCCAGUUACAGGUUCUUAGCUUCACUCUCGUUUUACCUGAAUCGAUGCCCUUCUCUGCGCUUUUGGCUUAAUAUCAACAUGGUUAUGCUUAAUAGUUCCUUCGCCGCCUGGAUCAGCCGCUUGUUCGCUUGCAUGGGGGGUUGUUUUGGAUGCUGCACUAAACCAACACCUAUUAUUGCUGUGGAUGAGCCAUCUAAGGGAUUAAGAAUUCAAGGACGAGUCGUUAAGAAACGUAGCAUAUCUGAUGGUUUUUGGAGCACAAGCACAUGUGAUUUGGAUAAUAGCACCAUUCAAUCUCAACCAAGCAUCUCCUCUAUCAGUACAUCAACCCUCACGCUCACUCAUAGCAAUGUUGGUGGCAGUGUGAGCAACCCUUCUGAAUUUGUAAACCAUGGUCUUCUUCUCUGGAAUCAGAACAGGCUGCAGUGGAUUGGUGGUGGUAGUAGCAGCAAGACAACGGAUCAAACUCAACAAAAACAGAAGGCGAAAAUCAGUUGGCGUGCAACAUAUGACAGUUUACUGAGUACAAGACAAUCUUUUCCUCAUCCAAUUCCUUUGUCCGAAAUGGUGAAGUUUCUUGUGGAAGUAUGGGAACAGGAGGGCCUAUAUGAUUGAAAAUGCUUCGUUUAUUUUGGAUAUAUUCCUUGAAUCCUUGGGAGGAACCUUCUUAGUACAGAUUUCCAAAAAGAGAAUAAAGGCUGUUUUUCUUCUUCUUCUUACCUUUAUCAAUCCUCCAUUCGUCCUGUACAAAUUUAUGAACACCAGAACUUCCUUUUUCUUCACUGUUCAUAUUAUGCAUAAAAACUCGAAAAUCUCCAUCACUGCUGCUCAAAGUAAACUGUGUUAUAAUGUGAAUUUACAUGUAUAGUUUGGUGACUUUGAUGGGAUUUUUUGUGGGUACUCUUCUAUGUUUCUGUGUGGUAUGUUAUUGGUUGGAUAUGACAUAGAGAUGGAUUCUUAUAUUA